CUCCUCCGCGGACCCGCCGCGGGCCCCGGGCUCUGCGGUUCGCGGGAGGCUCCCAGCUCGCCGCGGCUGCAGCCCAGCCGCCGCCGAGGGAGUGCGGGGCGCGCGCAACUCCCGAGGAAGAGAAGGAUCAUUUUUGGUAAAUCAAGCGCAGAACGUGAUACUGCCCAGUGACACAUGCUGACAGCACCUUGGAACAAAUUCCCUCUUGGAAGCCACCCUGUGGCUUAGCUUUCAAACCCAAGGUUCAUCUUACCCAGGAAAAAAUGGCUCACACGAAGAGGCAAUUGCUGUACGUUUCCCUGGUGGUCCUGGGAGCCCUUUGUCUGUACUUCAGCGUGUAUACUGUGAGUCCUUAUAAAGAGCCAUUUGCUUUCAAGAAACCAAGCGAGAACUUCCUUCAGCUUCCGGACAUAGACUGCAGGCGGGAUCCCCCCUUCCUCGUCCUGCUGGUGACUUCAACCCAUGAGCAGACGUUUGCUCGCAUGGCCAUUCGGAGCACCUGGGGAAGAGAAAAGAGCGUGUGGGGAAGACACAUAAGAACAUUCUUCCUCCUGGGAACCACCUUCAAUAAAGACUUGUCGAGAGCGGUGGCCCAGGAAAGCCAGCAACACCGCGACCUCAUCCAGAAGGACUUUGUGGACACUUACUUCAACCUGACUCUGAAAACGAUGAUGGGCAUGGAGUGGGUCCACCGCUACUGUCCCCAGGCGGCUUUUGUGAUGAAAACAGACUCUGACAUGUUUGUCAACAUUUACUAUCUGACAGAGCUACUUGUGAAGAAAAACAGAACCACUAGAUUUUUCACUGGCUUCUUAAAAUUGAAUGAAUUUCCUAUUAGGCGAAAGUACAAUAAGUGGUUUGUCAGUAAAGAUGAAUAUCCGUGGGACAGGUAUCCACCCUUUUGCUCUGGCACCGGCUAUGUUUUUUCUAGUGAUGUUGCAAGUCAGGUGUAUAACAUUUCUGAAAGCAUCCCAUUCAUUAAACUAGAAGACGUCUUUGUGGGGCUCUGCCUCGCGAAGCUGAAAGUCACCCUGGAGGAGCUGCACUCAAAGCAGACCUUUUUCCCAAACGGUUUACGCUUUUCCACGUGCCGUUUUAAGAAGAUCGUGUCCUGUCAUUUUAUCAGUCCUCACAACUUGCUGAGCUAUUGGCAGGCUCUGGAAAAUUCCCUGGGAGAAAAGUGUCCACCUUUCUGAGGGGUGCCUGGCAGCGUGUCUGGAUACAUUUCUGACGACCCGUGGUGACUGGUUGGAAAGCUCUCCGGGUGGCAUUCCGAACUCAUCCGGGGCAGGGAGGGAGAGAGAAAGGAGGACCGUGAGGUUGUCUGAAUGAGAAGGCAAGCUCCAACGAACUGCCAGAUUAUUCCACUCCGUGCCCAAGCAAUGUAGACGCCACCUCUUGAGUACCUCCGCUGUGGCACUGUGACGUGCGCCUACAUUUUCUCAUUUCAGCAUCCACAGGUGUGGUGGGUAUUAUCACCCCCAUCUUACCCAAAGUGAUAGCAGCUUAUCUCGAGGUACAGGAACUUGUCCCAAGGCUCCUGGCCAACAAAUGUUAGGGCAGGGGUGAAAAUCGAGCACUACGAGAAUCCAGCCUGCAGCUGCUCUGUGCUGCCUGCCUUGGAAGAGACAGUAGUGAGGAAGGCUCAAGGCUCCUGGCAUCCUUCAGUCCCUUCCUAGAGUGCCCUCCUGCUCAGCUCCCAGUUCCUGUGCCUUUUAGUGCUGGCACUGGGGUGGGCCCACGUGCCCCCAGCUCCCUUUAUUCACUGUGAUGGAUCUGGCGGCACACGGAGUCCCUGCUGGCAGCCUGGCACUCAUCUCACUGCCGAGAGCAUCCCAGAUGAUAUCCACUAAGAAACAAGCUCUGGAGAGAAGUCAGUUUUUUUAGAUUUGGCUUACAAACCACUGUAAAGCCUGGCCUGUUGUUUCGACCUCUUAGCCACACUGCUGGCCUCCCCAAGAGCAUGGCCUCUCCUCUGAGUCACCCGUGACGUUCCUGUUUGUCUGCUCCCAGGGCCCUGGGUCUGCACUUCAGGUCUCCACGUUCAAACUAGAGAGUGAUUGGGCACCAGGCUGGGUCUGUGAAGGAUUCUGGGAGAUCUAGGAGUUUAGUUGGAUUUUUCUUAGGUGGCCAAGGACCUGUAGGACACUGAAUGCCGAAGUGAGCUCCGGUCAAGGAGGAGCCGUCUCCCAUGUCCAGACUCAUCUGCUUUGAAUUUCUCAGAUGGCCAAGCAAUGACAGUUUUGUGGUGUGGAGUUUCAUGUUCAGCUUUCUGCUCCCUUUGAGGUUUGUAUGAGCCAGUCUGCAGGGUCCUGUGGAAGCAGGGCACCUCUCUGGAGGGCCUUUGCACAUUCAGCUGCUGCUGCAUUACAUGCAAAGUCAUCUGGCUCCUGAUCGUAGGAAGGAUUGCUUCUCAUUUUUUUUUUUUUUACUGGACUUGACUUUACCAGCACUCCACACAAAGGCCCCUCAUGUGGCUGGGUAACUUGUAAUGUUGGACUAAGCCUAUACCUGAACUCAGGAAGAGAUGUUUGCUGCAGAAUAGUCAUGGCAGUGCUGAAUUGCAAAAUAAGGUUUGGCAUCCUUGUGUGCACAGUCUCUCAUGUCUGGAUGGAGCUGCUUCUUUGCAGAUGUGUUUCCUUAUCCUGGCUGCUCUGAACGUGCUGGAUCGUGUUCAGAGCAGCUUCCUUCUCAGGUGGGAAAGUCAGGGACUGAGCUUGUUUUCUGAAGCCCAGACUUUGCGAGAGCCAUAACCCUUGGUCCCACAGGAUGCGCUGCCCCUGAUUCUGAAAGUAACAGAGGGCUUUGAGAGGGGAGUUUGUGUGGCAGUAGGUCUGGGUCUGUGCUUAGAUGUCUAGUGUGCGUGUCCAGGUGGCUCCCGGGCUGGGGAUGGGCUGAGGUGUGGCCGAUGCAGGAUGCGGUCUUACCAUCAGCCUGAUGCCCUGAGCUACAGGGGCCCCUAAGCACAGGUGGGCUCCACCUACAACCUCUGUGUGAUCUUAGAGCGUUUUUGGCAAAACACAUUUCCCCCUACUCUAUUUCUUUAUACAAUGAAGAAUUUUUUUUUUUCUCUAGGGAAAAUAAUUUCAUGACUAUAGAACUUGAAAGGACCUCAGGACUCCUUCAGUCCCGUCUUCAGCUCAUGGCUGCUUAUCCUGGUGGCUGAGCCAGACACCCUGCAGCCAUCUUGACUCCUGUGCACCAGGAAACACCACGUGCUCUACCUUCAAAUUAGAUCCAGAAGCCACCCACGCCCCUCACAGCCACCGCUGCCACCUCCCCCCCACUCCCCCCUGUGUUCUUGCCACAGCUUCUGCCUGGUCUCUUGGCUCCCGUCACUGUAUUCCUUUAACCUGCUCCCCAAACAGCAUCCAGAAUGCUCUUUGAGAAUAUAGAUCGAAGCAUCUCACUUUUCUGCUCUAAACCCUCUAGUGGACCCCCAUUUCUGGGUAAAAGCCAUAUCCUUAAUGUUAUUACCUGCGCUGUUAUUCUGUAAUCUCAGCCCUUCACGCUCCCCUCCCCCAGCCUGCUCUGGCCUCCCUGAACAGAGUACUCUGCCAGUCCCACUGGCCUUCCUGCCUCUUCUGAAACAUUGCAGGCAUGCCCCACCCACCUCAGGGCCUUUGCACUGGCUGUUCCCUCUGCCAGGAAGGCCCUUUCCUCAGAUAUUCUCAUGGCCCAGCCUUCUUGAAGUCUUUGGUCAGAUAGCAUCUUCUUAAUGAGGCUGACUGUUCUGUGAAAUUGCAGCUUGCCCCACCCCACAUUCCCCUGCCUUGUUAAAGCAUUUCCACUGCACUUACCAAUUU